AUGGAAGAGAAGAUGGAAACAGUCCGCUUGCAGCCAAUGUCGAAUGACACAGCUGCUGCCUGCCCCGACAAAGAGGACAAUUCUGAUGAGGAUUACGACCCGCAUCUCCAUCGGCAGCUUGAGAAACCAACUAAUGAUAUCGAGACGCUGGUUCACCUGCUCAAGUGCAGCCUUGGCACCGGGAUACUAGCGAUGCCGCAGGCCUUCGCCCGCGCGGGCCUCAUAACUGGUAUUGUGGCGACCGUGCUCGUCGGCGUCCUGGUCACGCAUUGUCUCCACGUUCUGGUUCGAUCUCAAUAUGAUGCCUGUAAAAAACUCCACGUGCCCCUGCUGAGCUAUCCAGCGGCAGCGCAGACUGCCUUCAGCAAUGGGCCUCCGGCGUUCCGAAGCCUCGCGAAACCCUGCGCCAUAACUGUUGACCUGUUCCUUGUCAUCUAUCAACUUGGUAUCUGCUGUGUCUACAUGGUGUUUAUUGCGGACAACAUUAAGAAGGUGUGCGACCCUUACUACGAGAUGGCUGUCGAAAUCCAUAUGUUAAUCAUCCUAGGGCCUUUAAUCGCAUUCAACUUGAUUCCAAGUCUCAAAUUGUUGGCACCCUUCUCAGCACUGGCUAACGUGAUGACCCUUGUGGGCCUCGGGAUUGUCAUCUAUUUCCUUGUUACUUUAGAGAAAUCUGAAACAGCGUUGGACCUCUGGGGCUCCUCAGAAACAUUUCCUCUAUUCUUCGGCACCAUAUUGUUCGCCCUGACGGCUGUGGGAGUGGUGAUCGCGUUGGAAAAUAACAUGAAGACUCCCAAGUCAUUCGGUCGACCGUGCGGCGUCCUGAACACCGGCAUGACAUUCAUUGUGCUGCUGUACGUGGCUGUUGGUGCACUGGGCUAUAUGUUCUGCGUGUCUGACUGCAGUGACUCCAUCACGCUUGAUUUGCCGAAGGGAGAUCCAUUGGCAUCAACGGUGAUAGUAAUGUUUGCCGUAGCUAUAUUCAUUAGCUAUGGGUUGCAUUGCUACGUACCUGUGGAGGUGCUGUGGAAGGGAUAUCUUCUGCCUUGGCUGGAGAAAUCUGGAUCGAACCGUCUGCGUCUUUGGGAAUAUGGGCUGCGUGUAGGACUUUGUCUCCUCACUUUUGUUUUGGCGGUAUCGGUGCCGCGCCUGGGGCUGUUCAUCUCGCUCUUUGGCGCCCUCUGUUUGUCGGCACUUGGCAUCUGCUUCCCCGCUAUAAUGGAGGCGUUCCUGCAGUAUCCCCGCACGCCGAAGCUGCUCCUGGCGAAGGACGUGUUGCUCUUCGUAAUCGGGAUCGUCGGCCUACUAGCGGGAACCUACACAGCGCUAAUAAGCAUCGUGCGCUCAUUUCAACCUCCGCCCGUGCAGCCGGUUGAAAUACCACAACACGCA